AUGUCCCAAUUUUCGUUUUCUCCGCAAUAUUAUGAAGCAUUAGAACGGUUGAAAAAGAAUGUUAAAGCUUCUAAAAAUAUAACUGUAGAAGAAGUAAGAAAGAAUUAUGGCCUAAUUCCUGUACCAACUCCAAAUGACUGUAUUGUGGAUGAGACUAUAUUGGAUGAAAAAUAUGUAAUUAAAAGCAAGGAAUAUUUAAUGGAUAGGUUGAAAAUAUAUGAAGACGUUGUUGAUGAAAAGUGGCAAGAACUUGAUAAUAAUGGAUUAUCCGGAGAAUGGGUUAAGAUUAAAGAUAAGAAAGAUACAGGAAGGGUUGUGCUUUUCAUGUUUGGUGGAGGAUAUUUUAUGGGAUCACCUAAAGUAUGUCGUAAUUUGACUUAUAAAAUUGCAAAAAAUGCUGAAUGUUCAGUUUUUGCAAUUAAUUAUCGUCUUUCUCCUGAACAUCAAUUUCCUGUUGCACUUUGUGAUGCUUUAGCAGCAUAUUUCUAUCUUACUGAUCCUCCUCUAGAAACUGGACUUAAACCAAUUGAUCCUAAACAAAUUAUAUUUGCUGGACCUAGUGCUGGUGGUGGAUUGGCUGUUGCUACUGCAUUAUUCAUUCGUGAUGUUGGUUUACCAUUGCCAUCAGGACUUGUUUUAUGGUCACCAUGGGUAGAUUUAAUGGCUAGCAUGCCAUCUUAUUGGAAACCUGAAAUGGACAAAACUGACUUUAUAGCUGGUGCGCUAAAUUUCCAAGAUUUAAUUUAUAUUGUGCAAAUGAAGCUUUGGCCAUUCCAUAUGUUAGUCCAAAGUUUGGGAAAUCUACCACCUAUUUUAUGUCAAGUGGGUGGUGGAGAAAGAUUUUUAGAUUCAAAUAUUUUAUUCAGUUUCAGAGCUUCUGAUCCGAGUAAAUUUCAAUUACCUAAAUAUGCUACAAUGAAUUUUGCUAAUUCACCGUUCAAGAAGCCUACCGAUGUCACACUUGAAGUUUAUGAAGGAGCGUGUCAUUGUUUUCAAGAAAUAGUUCCUGAUGAAAAAAUUUCAAAGUUCUCAGUAAAACGUUCUUGCGAUUUUAUUAAGAAUCAUACACUUAAUGAAAGUAUUCCGAAAGAAGCUGAGAAUAAAUCUUUUCAAGGUAUUCAAAAAACCAUUAAUACUAUUGCAAUUAACCCAAAUUGUGAUAUUAAAGAGUUAGAUAAAAAAUUUCUAGAAUGUCUAAACUGGGAAAAUAUUGGUGUUGUCCCAGAAUUAGAAGUUGACAUAUAA